AAAGACGAGUCAGACCGAAAGAGAUAGAGCUGUAUCAAUCGGCUGUUAUUAAUGAACGCACCCCACAACUUUAUCUAUCUAGAUAGUGAUAAAGUCACGUUGACAUGACUUGUUUAGUAGGUACCGGCACAGUGGUUGCAGGGAGUUCUUUGAUAGUUCAGUAGUUAUUAACGAUACGUUAGCGUUCAACUUGCUUCUCUAUUCAACCAGCCAACAAAUCGGUUUUGAAAUCCCCAAUUUGCUCCAUUCAGCCUGUUUCCAUGCAAUAAUUUUGGAUACUGGGAUUACUUAUCAAUAAUUAUUAUGCCUCUGUUAUUUGGAAUCAAAUUUGCACCUGUGAUUGUGCCACUGGAACGAAGGCUUCAAACACUAGCUGUGGCCACAUGGUUCAUUUUCAUGACAAGUUCCAGUUUUAUGGGGUUUAUGUUAUGUGUGUAUUUGCUAUUGUACACUCGCUUCUAUAUACCAACACUGAUAUACAUUUUUUGGACUUGGUAUGAUAAGGGCAUUGCAGAAAAAGGAGGAAGGAGAUUAUCCUGGGUGAGAAAAUUAACAUGGUGGAAGUAUUUUUAUAAUUACUUUCCUAUAAACUUGGUAAAGACCGUAGAACUACCAACUGACCGAAAUUAUUUAUUCGCAUCUUAUCCUCAUGGAAUGCUGUGUUCUGGAGUUUUUGGCAAUUUUGCCACAGAUGCGUCAAAUUUUUCGAGUCUUUUUCCAGGCUUGAAACCAUACGUGCUCACUCUAAAUACUCACUUUGUGAUGCCCUUUUCAAGAGAGAUAAUACUUGGUCUAGGAGCUGUCACUGCUUCCAAAGAGAGCAUUUUAUACCUAUUAGACGAGGAUGAAAGUGUUGGCAAAGCUCUCAUUCUAAUGGUGGGAGGAGCAAGAGAGUCAUAUGCCUGCAAGCCAGGCAGGUACAAAAUCAUCUUGAAAAAUAGGAAAGGUUUUGUGAAACUGUCACUCAAAACUGGGACAUCGCUUGUGCCAGUCUUCUCAUUUGGAGAGACCGAUCUGUACGAUCAGGUGGAGAAUCCGCCCGGCUCAUGGCUGUUCUGGCUGCAAGAGAUCAUCCGCAACAUCAGUGGAAUAGCGCCUUGUAUUCCUAUUGGCCGAGGACUAUUCCAGUACUCAUUUGGUCUGAUGCCUAGGAGGCAUUCUGUCACAACAGUUGUUGGGAAGCCAAUCGAUGUAGUGAAAUCAGAAAAUCCGAGUUCAGAAGAGAUAGACAAACUUCACACAUUAUUCUGCAAGGAGCUCACAAAUCUGUUCGAGACUUACAAGCAUAAAUAUGUCAGUAAUCCAGAAAAAGUUAAACUUGAAAUCGAAUGAACAAUAUUCAAGUUAAAUCAACGAGAACAUCAUAUAUAUUAUUUAUUAUUGUAAUAAUAGAAAAUACUUAGCUACUGCUCAUCAAUGUUACAUUAUAUAGCCUAUACAUUAUAUAUUCAAAAAUUAAGUGAUAUUAAUUUACAUCUAGAAUCUUUUUAAGAAGAUAUUAUUAUAAUAUUAAGAUUCAUCUAGUCAGACAAUAGUUAACAGUAAAUGGUUAAUAAUUUGUGAAUUAUACUUUUUAAAAUACAGUACGGGCUACAGCAUCAUUUUAUUGGAAAUUCAUGCACAUGAUGAAAAAUUUUUUGCAACUACAUGAAAGCUUUCAAAACAUGAAGCAUUUGUGGAAAGCUGAUUCACUCAUUCUAAUAAGUACUCAUAUAUCCAAACUCUGGAUUCAUGAAAUCGUAGAAAACAUCUGAAUGAAUUCAACCAAUAUUAUUGUGCCAGAUAAAUUACAAAAUUUCAUAGACUCCGGAUCUUAUUUUAUGUCUUCUUCAACUCGCUAUGCCUAGAACCGAUAAUCAUAUUCUUUUCUGAUUAAUAUAUAGGAGAAUUUUCCAUUAAGUAAGUCUACUACUCGUAUAAAAAAUAUUAUUGACAAUAGUAUAUGAAACAAAAUCAAUUAAAUUCAAUUAUUUUUAAACACCAUACUAUAGAAGGAAGUAAUAGGAGAGUCUUUUAUGAACAAUCCUUGGUUGUUAACCAAGAUUUAAUUAAUCUUUCAGGAAUACGAAGAAAUAAUCAAUUGAAUUUAUUAAGUUACUACUGAGUAGUACCCAUUUUCCAAAAAAAGAUGUAGUGAAUGAUAUUCCAUGGUUUAUGUCAACAUGUGGGAAUGAGGGUGGCUGUUGUUUGAUAAAUAUUAUUUUAUUCCUGGCUCUUUUAUAUUUUUAUACUCUGUUAGACAAUAGCCUACAUAAAAUUAAUCAGAAUCAGCUUAUAUAAAAACAAACUAACUUAUGAAGUAGAAAAACAGUCAAAUCGUAAAGGAAAAUUUCAUUCUUAUUAUUAUAAAUACUAUAUUAAAUAUGAUAUACUGUCUUUUAAUAAUUAAUAAUAAUAAGUAACAUCAGUUACAAAAAUUCUCAUUUAUCUUGUUCAUUUGAAACUGAAUUAAUUUCUUUAUAUAAACGGUAAGAUAAAAUUCUGAUAUAUUUAAAACCUAUUCGAUAGGUACAGUAUUAGGUAGCCUACUUGUUGAUUUAUUGAACGAUAAUAUAUUAUUAUUAUUAGUACCAUAGGAAGUAAUUCAAUGCUCUCCAGUUAUUUCAAGGAGUAACCAGUUCUCUCAAUCAUCGACACUGUAGAAACUGUAGAGCAGCAUCAAGAAUAAUCCGAUUACAAUUGGUAAAAAUAAUACCAGUAAAACCUGUGCAGCUCUUUCAAGGGCCUGAAAAGAUACCAAAUAGAAUUUUAUACUUAUGUUGAAUAUAAGUUUACGUUAUUCACAAAAGGAG